AUGGAAGAAAAUUUUCCAAGAGGGGGUGGCACCAAAAGAACAAAAAAAGUUUCUGAGCUAGUACUGAAAGAAGAUGAGGACCUUUUCCAUUCUGAAGAAUCAGAAACGCCAAAGAAAAAGCGAAAGAAAGAAUUUGCAAAGAAAGUGAAAGUGACCCGACAAACAAAUAAUUUUGAAAAAAUUGUAGGGAGAACAUGUGCAUUAAAGAAAAAUAUGGUGAGCAGUGGGAUGCUCCUGAUGGGAUGUGUUACACGUGUGGAAGACUAUUCAUUGUGUGUGGGACUUCCUAAUGGCUUGUCAGGCUCGGUUCUAAUCACUCACAUCUCCGAUACUUACACAGAGCUUCUUCAAAAACUUACAGAGAAUGCCUCCAACGGAUCUGCCAAUACUCUGGAGGUACCAAGCCUCCAUGAAAUGUUCCAUGUUGGCCAGUUACUGCCCUGCAAGGUAGUUGAGCAGUCACUUGCUAAGAAAAAGCAUGACUUCAAAUUAACCAUCAAUCCAAGAGAGGUAAAUGAGGGAAUGGUAGCCAGUCACAUCAUAAAGGAUUUGGUACUACAUGGCUGUAUCCAGAGUUUGGAAGAUCAUGGUUAUGUGGUUGACAUUGGUAUAAGUGGAACACGGGCCUUUCUGAACCAUGCAGAUGCUGAAAAUUACAACAAUGGGGAAGCUCUUCACGUUGGUGAAGCGGUUUGCUGCUUAGUGACCACAGAUGGAUCAGGAGUGGUCAGAGAGAGUUUACGAGUGAUCAAUGUCUCAAUAGACCCGGAAAAGGUUGCUAAAGCACAGUUGGAGAGCUCUGUGAGACUGCCGUUAACAUGUAUUUUCCCAGGAAUGAAAGUCAAAGCCAACAUAACUAAGGUUGAUGAGGAUAGUCUCCUGGUCAAAUUUCUUCAGUUCAGUGGACAUAUUCAUUGUUCUCAUCUUCCAAAGUCUGCCACUACUUACAAGACUCAUUCUGAGAUUGGAGCUGUUGUAUUGUAUGUUAACUUGAGUACAAAGAUUGUCUCCCUUUCUGCACUUCCUCACCUGGUUAAUUACUCUGGGGUUGCCAUAGAGAAUCAGUUUGGAUCACUUCAGCGUGGAGACAUCCUUACGAAUGCAACUGUGAGCAAAGUUGACAGUCAUGUUGGAGUUCACUUUUCUCUCGAAAAUGGGAAGAAAGCCUUCUGUGAUAUUCCAAAUCUUCAUGACAAAUUAGUGGAAAACGUUAAAGACCUCUUCAGAAUUAAGGACACACACACGUGUCGUAUAAUGGAUUUCAACCCCGUAGACAACCUGGUUAUAGUCAGUCUGAGGGAGUCUAUCCUGACAAACUUUUUACAGUUUCAAGACAUACUGCCGGGGACAGUUCUUGAGUGUACAGUUCAUCAAAUCCAUGAAAAAGGUGUGUCGGUCAAAAUCACCAAAAGCCUGUCUGGUUUCAUCCCAAAUCUCCAUCUAGCUGACUUCCCGUUGAAAUACCCGGGUAAAAAGUUUGUUCCAGAAACUACCAUUAAGUGUAGGGUUUUAAUGGUGAAUGUCAAGAAGAAACAGGUGUUGCUGACCAGAAAGAAGUCUUUAGUUAAUUCUAAACUACCCAUCCUUACAAGUUGGAGCCAGUUGGAACCAGAUCUACUGUUGGAUGGGUUUAUUUGCAGAAUCACAGACAAAGGUGUGCUGGUUGCCUUCUACAAUAAUAUCAAGGGAUGGGUGCCUCGUAGAGAACUUAGUGAAGAGGACAUACCUUUUCCAGAGAAAGUCUUCUACAUGGGCCAAGUGGUUAAGUGCCGAGUGUUGAAUUGGGAUGAGGAGAGCAGUAGACUAACUAUUUCCUUCAAGGGUGCACAAAUUAAGUUGACACCAUUUGGUAAAAACAGAGUUGUGGAGGUUCCGGAUGACUUUGAAAUAGGAAUGUUGGUGGAUGGAAAAGUAAAGUCAGUGUUAAAGACUGGAGUGAAUGUCACGUUAGAACCCACUGGUGUGGAAGCUUUCCUGCCUCGUCAUCACCUUUCAGACAGUCUUGAAUGCUGUGACCUACUGAUGACUUAUUACAGAGAGGGCGUCGCCCUUGAAGGACUCAUGUACCUCAGCAAAGCUAGUGUUCUUACAGUGACACAUCGUAAGUCUAUGUGUGACAAUACUGAUCAGAUUGUGUUUGAGUUUGACAAGUUACAGCCUGGUAUGAUACUAGCAGGCAGUAUAAAAAGACUGAUGGACUAUGGUGUAUUUGUUGAAUUUCCUGGAGGAAUGAGUGCAUUAGUACCUAAUAAAUAUGUUACAGACACUUUAGUUCGCAAUGUAUCAGCCCUGUUUUCUGUGGGGCAAGCUGUGUGUGCCAAGAUCCUACAGGUGGACAGAGAGAAGUCACGCAUGCUAGCCUCCCUCCGAAUGGCUGAUUGUUACCAUGGUGAUACUGAUAUUGGAAUUAACCUGCUGAAAGACACACUAAAGGAGAUGGAUAUGGUCCAAAAGAUGUCAAAAGAGGCUAAUGGAGCAAAGGUCCUGUGGAAGCACCAUGUAGGUGAUGUCUGUGAUGGCAAGGUGAUGAAGAUCACAGAGAUUGGUGGACUGUGUGAGCUGGACAGUGGCUGUAAAGCUAUCAUUACAAACCAUAACGUAGAUAAUUUAGAUAUGGACAUAGGAGACAAGGUGAAAGGGCUGAUCACCUACCUAGACACAGAGGAAGAAUGUUUAGAGCUUUGUACCUUGAAGGCUGUGGUGAAGGGAUUCAUCAACAGGACAGGUCCCCCAGCUGCCAAGCUCAAGGUUGACCAGAAACUCAACUGUAGAAUUGUGUUGGUGAAGAAGGAUUUUGCUUUAGGCACACUUAAGGGACUGGGGGCAGGAACCCUGGCUUACAUUCCUGUGAAAAGACACCUGAAUGAUGUACUGGAGAUGUAUCAAUUUUACCCUGGACAGAUCCACCCUGUCAUAGUUAAACAUAUUGACAAGACUCACGUCCUCUGUGCUCUUGAACUGCAUGAGACAAGGAAGAUGGAAAUGCUGGGUACAGGGGGAGAAGUAUUGAAGAACAUUAAAACUCCACACGACCAUGAAGUUGGUGACAUUGUCACAGCAAGAGUAAGAAAUAUUUACCCUCUACAGAUAAAUAUAGUUGUGGGAGAAGCAAGCGGACGAGUUCACAUCUGUGAGGUCUCAGACACCAUAGAAAAUGGGGAGAUGCCCUUGGAUGACUUGCAGGAGGGAGAAGAUAUUAAAGUCAAAGUCAUCGGAUUCAGGGAGGGAAAAACCUACAGUCACUUGCCUAUCAGUCAUCCUAACCGUAAAUAUGCCUUACUGGAGUGUUCCCUCAAACCAAGUAAACUUAAGAGGGAGGGUACGGAUCCUGAGGAUGAGGAGGAAUGUACACACAACGUAGGAGAUCAUGUCCAAGCUUUUGUACAGAAUUUUGCUAAGGGCGUCCUGAAUGUCAGUGUGAGCUCCAUGGUCCUUGGCCAAGUCAGCCUGGUUAACUUAUCUGAUGAUCUAGCAGUACUGGAGAAUCCAGAGACACAUUUUUUGCGUGGUCAGGGCUACAAUGCCACUGUGAUAGGUGUGGACAAUAGUAAAAGACUUGACCUCACCUUUACAGACCAAGGGAAGAUAGAAGUAGGAGAAAAAAUGCGAGCAUGUGUGCUUACUACAACAUAUGGUCUGGAGCUUCAACUUGCUCUGUCACUAGGUUACAAGGGCUUGGCCUCCUGUACAGACCUGCUUGACACGUACACAGACAACCCACUCCGCAGCUACAAACAUGGCCAGAUUGUGCACUGCUGUAUUCUGUCUAUAGAUAAAGAUAAAAAACAGUGUCGAGUGUCACUCCGCCAGUCACGACUAAAGAAAAGCAAGCAUUCAAAGAAAGUUAAGGACCCUGAAGUAGAAAGUGUUGAUGCUCUUAGCAAGGAUCAGAUUCUCCGUGGCUUCGUAAUGGGCUUCAGCAAAGGUUCCCUUACUGUGUGGCACAAACAUAUGGUGGAUAGAUUUAACAGCACAAAGGACAAAGAACGCAAGAGAAAGCUUCCUGUGACAGUCGUGAACAGUGCUAAGGGAGAUAACUCGUCAAAGGAUGCAGCAGAAAAAACUGAAGUAAAACAAACCAAGGCUUUAGUCACUCUUCCUGCAUGUGAGGUCAGUAAAAUGCCACGCCUGUCAGUAACAACAGGGUUCUCCUGGGACACCGACCUGUCAAAGGAUUCUGUCGCCACACAGUCUGAUAGUGACGAGGAGGACAGUGAGAUGGAUGAUCUGAAAGCAACAAAGAAAACAAAAGCUGAAAUUCGAGCGGAGAAGAAAGAGGAAGAAAAAAAACUAGAUGAGUUUGAAAGGCGACAACUACAAGGAGACAACCAACCAGCUUCAGUGGACGAAUUUGACCGUCUGGUGUUGACCUCUCCAGACAGCUCCCUGGUGUGGCUGCAAUAUAUGGCAUUCCAUCUACAGACAGCAGAGAUUGACAAGGCACGUGCUGUAGCUGAGCGUGCACUCAAGACUAUUUCAUUUAGGGAGGAGCAGGAGAAACAGAAUGUUUGGGUAGCCUAUCUGAACCUAGAGAACAUGUAUGGAAGCUCAGAUUUGCUCCAUAAGGUGCUGGAGCGUGCAGUUGCUCAGAAUGAGCCAUCCAAGAUCUACACACAAAUGAUCAACAUUUAUGUCAAGUCGGGCAAAAUAGAUGAGGCUGAAAAUCUGCACAACAAGUUGAUACGUCGGUACAGCCAGGAUAAGGAUGUAUGGGGCAGUUUCAUGAUGUUCUAUUACAAACAUGAACGUGUUGACGAUGCACGCAAACUUCUACAGCGGUGUCUUAAAAGUCUCAAUAUCAAGCACCAUGUGGAAAUGAUAGCAAAGAGUGCCCAGCUGGAGUUUAAGUUUGGAGACGCAGAACGUGGCCGGACCAUGUUCGAGAGUGUUCUUGGAAACUACCCUAAAAGAACAGAUUUGUGGUCAGUUUACUUGGACAUGGUGACGAAGUCUGGUGAAUGGCAGGAGGCAAGACAAUUGUUUGAGAGGGUAAUUCAUCUGAAGCAAUCAGCAAAGAAAAUGAAAUUUUUCUACAAAAAAUAUUUGGAAUUUGAAAAAGAGUAUGGAGAUUCAGAGACAGUAGAGAGCGUGAAGAAGAAGGCCUUGGAAUAUGUGGAAUCUCAGGGAUAUAUGGAUGAGUGAAGCAGUUUUAUAGUAUUUCAUUAUCAUAGCACACACCUACAAUAAUCAUAAAGAAUAUCAACAUUGGAAAAGGCAGCAAGAUUCCAUAGUUAAGACUGUACCAUUGGAUAUAAAGAUUUAGUUACACGAUGUACCAUUGGAUAUAAAGAUUUAGUUACACGACGUACCAUUGGAUAUAAAGAUUUAGUUACACGAUGUACCAUUGGAUAUAAAGAUUUAGUUACACGACGUACCAUUGGAUAUAAAGAUUUAGUUACACGACGUACCAUUGGAUAUAAAGAUUUAGUUACACGACGUACCAUUGGAUAUAAAGAUUUAGUUACACGACGUACCAUUGGAUAUAAAGAUUUAGUUACACGACGUACCAUUGGAUAUAAAGAUUUAGUUACAUGAUGGUGGUGUUAUCAGCUAUUGUGACUUUUCUUCAGAAAAAUUUUUUUUUUUAACUUUGUGGGAUUAACACGAUUCUCUAAUAUUUUAUUGACUGUGAAACAGUGGUAUAGUGGCUCUUCAACAAUGUUGGAGUUUUACCUGUUCUGACAUAAUUAAUUUGUUAUAUUGGAGGCAGGUUUCGUUAAUGAAUGAUUGGUUUAACCUAACAUAUUACUCUCUUCAUAUAAUAAAAAAUAAAUACAAUGGAAAA